AUGGCUACUGCCCAGGACCACCUCGACGUUGGCGGCAAGAUCGCUUGGCUCUCUAGCCUCGACACUGCCUACCAGCCUGAGAAGAACUACCGCCGUUCUUCCAUUAUUUGCACCAUUGGCCCCAAGACCAACUCUCCUGAGGCCAUCAACUCCCUGCGCAAGGCCGGUCUGAACGUUGUGCGCAUGAACUUCUCUCACGGCAGCUACGAGUACCACCAGUCCGUCAUCGACAAUGCUCGCGCCGCCGAGAAGUCGCAGCCUGGUCGUCAGGUCGCCAUCGCCCUCGACACCAAGGGCCCUGAGAUCCGUACCGGUAACACCAAGAACGAUGAGGACAUUCCCCUCUCCGCUGGCAAGAUCAUGAACUUCACUACUGAUGAGCAAUACGCAACUGCUUGCGACACUGAUAACAUGUACGUCGACUACAAGAACAUCACCAAGGUCAUCGAGCCCGGCCGUAUCAUCUACGUCGACGACGGUGUCCUUGCCUUUGAGGUUCUGAAGGUCAAGGAUGACAAGACUGUCGAGGUCCGCGCCCGCAACAACGGCUUCAUCUCCUCCAAGAAGGGUGUCAACCUGCCCAACACCGAUGUCGAUCUUCCUGCCCUUUCCGAGAAGGACAAGAACGAUCUGAGAUUUGGCGUCAAGAACAACGUUGACAUGGUCUUCGCCUCAUUUAUCCGCAGAGGUCAGGACAUCAAGGACAUCCGCGACGUCCUUGGCGAGGAGGGCAAGCACAUUCAGAUCAUUGCCAAGAUCGAGAACCGUCAAGGUCUUAACAAUUUCGAGGAGAUCCUCCAAGAGACCGACGGAGUCAUGGUUGCCCGUGGUGACCUUGGUAUCGAGAUUCCUGCUGCCGAGGUCUUCGCCGCCCAGAAGAAGAUGAUUGCCCUGUGCAACAGAGCCGGCAAGCCUGUCAUCUGCGCUACUCAGAUGCUCGAGUCAAUGAUCAAGAACCCUCGCCCUACCCGCGCUGAGAUCAGCGAUGUUGGCAACGCCAUCACUGACGGCGCUGACUGUGUCAUGUUGUCUGGUGAGACUGCCAAGGGUAGCUACCCCGUUGAGGCCGUCUCCGAGAUGCACGAGGCCUGCCUCAAGGCGGAGAACACCAUUCCCUACGUUUCGCACUUCGAGGAGAUGUGCACUCUGGUCAAGCGUCCCGUCAGCGUUGUUGAGUCUUGCGCCAUGGCUGCUGUGAGAGCUUCUCUCGACUUGAACGCCGGUGGUAUUAUUGUUCUGUCCACAUCCGGUGACUCGGCUCGUCUUCUCUCCAAGUACCGCCCCGUCUGUCCCAUCUUCAUGGUUACCAGAAACGCCUCUGCCUCCCGUUACGCUCACUUGUACCGCGGUGUCUACCCCUUCGAGUUCCCUGAGGCUAAGCCCGACUUCAGCAAGGUCAACUGGCAGGAGGAUGUCGAUCGCCGCAUCAAGUGGGGUAUUGAGCACGCUCUGGAGCUCAACGUUGUUAGCAAGGGCGACACCAUUGUCGUCGUCCAGGGCUGGAAGGGUGGUAUGGGCAACACCAACACUCUGCGUAUUGUCAAGGCCGACCCUGAGCACCUCGGCCUUGGAAUGUUGUAA